UGCGCACGCGUUUCGGCGCAUGAUUUAAUUUCGAGCAACCACCGAAAGGACUCGCUUGUGUGUUGUUUUAUGGUAUUUUAACAAUUUCUUAGACAUUAUUUGGUUUUCGGCGUUGCAGCUCAGUGCCUGGUGUUUACAAUGAAGUUGUUGAUUUCUUUAAUGUUUAUAAUUCACAUCGCGGUUGCUGAAGAAAACCAAACGGUUUUGCCUAUUGUAUUAUGGCAUGGAAUGGGAGACUCAUGCUGCCUUCCCAUCAGCACAGGAGUCCUAAGACUCUUCCUAAACAAACACAUCCCGAACGUCUACAUCCUAUCUAUGAAAACCACCGACGACAGUAUAAUGCAAUUGGAAGACAGUUACUUCUUGAACCCUAACACGCAAGUGAUCUACGCUUGUAUGGUGCUGGAAAAAGACCAGCACUUGAAGAAUGGGUUCAAUGUUAUUGGACUUGGGCAAGGCAGUUUGUUUCUUCGAGCUGUAAUCCAGCGGUGUGGCCACGGGCUGCCUCCCAUCAAAAACUACAUUUCUCUCGGAGGCCCACAGCAGGGGAUAUCCGCCAUGCCACACUGUAUAGCCGUGAGCAACCGGACUUGUAGCGCGAUGCAAGAACUACUGGAGUUUGCGGCGUAUCACAGCAUUACCCAAAACACCCUCGUAGCAGCGGCAUAUUGGCACGACCCGCUCCGGGAAAAUGAAUAUAAGAAGAAAAGCGUUUUUCUCGCCGAUAUAAACAACGAGCAAAGAAUCAACGAACUUUACAGGUCGAAUCUUAAAAAGCUGCAGCACUUUGUGAUGGUGAAAUUUGAGAACGACAGUGUGGUGCAACCUCGGGAGUCGGAGUGGUUUGGCUAUUACACGCCUGGACAGACGAAGGAAUUGCAGACGCUACAGGAGUCUAAGAUCUAUCUGGAGGACCGCCUGGGCCUACAAGAAAUGGACCGCGCCGGUAAACUAGUUUUUCUUUCUCAUCCCAAAGAACACCUUCAAAUUGACGAGGCGUGGACGCUUAAAAACAUUAUGCCAUAUCUCGUUGAUAAACCGACCAAGCAAUCUUCGGACUAUGUGACAAUUAACAUCUAA